AUUCCCGAAGCAGUUUGAAAUCAUGACCGGUAGAGGGUGUGGAGUUCCUUGUUUUGGACAAAGUCGACGUCCACUUGUGACUCAGACAAUAUAUAAAACCUCACGUCGCAUGGCAAUUCUUUCUACUCGUUUGCCGGCUCCUACAGCGUGAAGUCAACAGGUCUUGGGUGAAAACAGGUUGAGCAAAAUGAAACCGAAAAUCGAUUACAAUUCGGACGGUGGUAUGUGCAGUAGCUCUGCGAGUGCUUCCGGCGAAGACACCCCCAAUCGUGAUGGGGAGCGAUGUCAAAGCCCCACGGAUUUCGAUUACACUUCCGGCAACAAAUCUUUGGCGGAAAAGAUUCGUUUACGAAUUGAAAGUGGCGACAAGUUUUUCUCUCUUGAAUUUUUCCCUCCACGAACAAAAGAAGGUGCUGUCAAUCUCUUGGCUAGAUUCGAAAGAUUGAGAUUAGCUUGCCCCUUGUUUUGUGAUGUCACAUGGCAUCCAGCGGGCAACCCAGGUGGGGAUACGGAAACAUCAUCAAUGACAAUUGCCAGUGCUGCUCUCAACUAUUGUGGCCUUGAAACCAUGCUGCAUUUAACGUGCUGCAAUCUGAGUCGAGAAGAUGUUACCAAGCACCUCAACAGAGCGAGGGAAAUGGGAGUGAGGAGUAUUCUCGCCCUCAGGGGAGAUCCACCGAUCGGUCAAGAUUGGCAGCCACCUGAAAAUGGACUUCGAUAUGCCGUCGAUUUAGUACGUCUCAUUCGCGAUCUUUUUGGCGACGAUUUUAGCAUCUGCGUGGCCGGUUACCCGACUGGCCAUCCCGACGCUACUUCUUAUGAAGAUGAUUUACUGCACCUCAAAGAAAAGGUUGACGCCGGGGCAGAUUUCAUCAUCACGCAACUCUUUUUCCGCGCGGAAACGUUCAUCAAGUUUGUCCGCGACUGCAGAGCUUUGGGCAUUGACGUACCCAUCAUACCCGGAGUCAUGCCUAUACAGUCGUACGAUUCACUGCGUCAAAUCGCCAAACUUUCAAAAUUAGAAGUGCCACAGGAGAUCACCGACAUUUUGGCUCCUAUGAAAGACAACGACGAAGCCAUACGCAAUUACGGCGUCCAGCAAGCUGUCACUCUGAUUCGCGAGCUGUUCAAUGCCGGAGUGGCUCCUGGCAUUCACUUUUACACUUUGAACCGAGAAGUGGCAACGACAGCCAUUUUGAAGCAAUUGGGUCUUUGGGUCACAGAUCCUAGACGUCCUCUACCGUGGCGAAGGGCGGCCAACGCCAAACGAUCCACCGAGACUGUCCGUCCCAUUUUCUGGUCGUCAAGACCCAAAGCUUACAUUUACCGGACUCGUCAUUGGGACGAGUUUCCAAAUGGUCGUUGGGGAAAAUCUGAUUCACCCGCAUUCGGAGAGCUCAAAGAUUAUUAUCUUUUUUACUUGAAGAGUAAGAGCUCCAAGGACGACCUGCUGCGAAUGUGGGGCGAGGAACUGUGUUCGGAACAAGAUGUAUGGGAUGUUUUCCACUGCUAUCUGUCAGGGCAGCUCAACAAAUCCGGUUGUAAAAUUACCAAAAUUGCAUGGAACGACGAAGAACUCAGCUCAGAAACGUCGCUCCUUCAAGAGAAACUAUCGGAAUUCAACAAAAAAGGAGUUUUGACUAUUAAUUCUCAGCCCAAUGUUAAUGGAGCUCCCAGCGACGAUCCUGUUGUCGGUUGGGGACCAAGAGGCGGCUACGUUUAUCAAAAAGCUUAUCUCGAAUUUUUCACGUGCCAAGCGAAUGUUCAGGCCCUUUUAAAAGUACUGCCCAGUUUCUCUCGCGUCAAUUUCCACAUCAUCAACAGCAACGGUAAGGCGGAUUACACCAAUUGUCACCGACACAGGCCGGUGGCUGUUACUUGGGGCGUUUUCCCUGGACGGGAAGUCUUGCAACCGACAGUUGUCGAUCCCGUUUCCUUUAAAGUCUGGAAAGAUGAAGCCUUUGCCCUUUGGCGUGAACAGUGGGGUAAACUGUACCCGGAAGGAUCAUCAUCCCGCGAUCUUUUAACUCGAAUCUCUGAGACGUACUACCUCGUCAAUUUAGUAGACAAUGAUUUCCCUCGUGAGAGUUGCCUCUGGGAUCUUCUCAACGCCAUGUUUGCCCAGCGCCAGCUGGACAAUAUGAGCGACUUUAUCCAGCAAGACUCUGACGUCCACCUCGGCGACGAUUUCGACGACGCCCUGAAAAUGAUGAGACGUCAACACUCUAGGGGCGACACGAGUUACACGCAUUACACGAUGGAAGAAUUGGUGGAAGCGGCGCAUCGUCAGGAGGUUCACUCUGACGAGAUUGUGACGGGCGAAGGGCACCAGUGAAUUCAAAAGUAAAAUUUCCCUUUGCUAUUUUCUCGAUGCAUGAAUUUUUUUUGGGUGCUAGGACAAUUUCAAUCAGCUUAUUUUUUCACUGUUGAAAUGUGUCGAUAAUGUGUUUUUUAAAUUUUAUUCUGUGCCAAUCACAUGGAGAAAAAUGAAUUGUAGACUGGCACUGGAUGGAUGCAUUUAAUUUAAAAAAAAAAAAGAAAAAUGUGGUCUUAAAAUUUGCCAACUUUUUCGAGUCGUUUUUUUUUUCAUUCGACAUGCAAUGUAAAACAACAAAUGAGUCGCAAAUAAGUGAAAUUCCAAUUAGGAUGUGCACUUAUAAAGCGGGUUUUGAUGAUUCUAGUAAUAAGGGUAGAGUUAGAAUGUUUAUUUGCACGAUUUGGAAAGGACCAAUUACGCUCAAAUCACCAGAAGAAGAAACGUGAGCAUGUCCCGACCCGAACUUACGUGUGUGUCUCUAGAGAGUUGAAUGAGGUCUCUAUGCGGUUUUCUGUUCUACUGCCAAGUUUAUAACUUUUCAUCAAUAUGUUGAGACUAGUUAAAAACGAAGAAAAAAUAAAGAUAUGGCGAAUUUAUUAUCGGCUGCUCGUGACAACCUCUUUCGUCAUGGACUUUCGGCUGUUAUUCAAAUUGAUUGGUGAGAACCCAGCGACUUGAUAUUCCCACGUCAAAGUUUAAAAAAGGUUAAAGGUCUCGCCAAGGUAAGACGUUGUCAAUAAAGUAAAAUGUUGUAACAGAUUUGUACUAAUAAUAUGCUAUUGUAACCUCAUCA